AUGCAAAGCAAUGUCCGAGAUAAUUUACAGGGCUACAGAGAAGGUCUGGAAAAUGGCACUAGCAAGGAACAUCAAACCCCUAAAGAUUGCGAAAGUGAUGAAUGCAAGGUGGAAGGAAUUGAUUGUACACAUAUCAAGGAACUAGUUCCCAAAGCUUCAAAUGGUGUAUAUAUGAUUCAGCCAGUAAGAACAUCCAAGCCAUUUAAGGUAUUUUGUGACAUGGAGAAUGGAGGUUGGACCAUAUUCCAGAUUAGAAAUGGUUUAGAUUCCCUGAAUUUUCAAAAAGGUUGGGCUGAGUACAAGAAAGGAUUUGGACAUCCUAGCUGUGAACAUUGGCUGGGAUUGGAAAACAUUUACUUACUGACUAACCAGGCAAAUAAGAAAUUUAAACUUCGUGUAGAAUUAAAAGACUUUGAAGACAACAGUGCACAUGCAGAAUAUUCUGAAUUCUGGAUUGACAGUGAAACAGAAUUUUACAGACUUCAUCUGGGAAAUUACUCAGGAAAUGCAGGUGAUGCUUUCAGAGGACCAGGACCCCCAGAAGAUGACCAAAAUAGUCAUAUGUUUAGUACUUAUGACCAGGAUAAUGAUGACUGCAAACCCUGCAUCUUCGGUGACACUGCAAUUGAAAGUUGCAGUGCUAUGUUUGGUAGUGGAUGGUGGUUCAGUCAAUGUGGAAUGGCAGAUUUAAAUGGGGACUGGCAUUCAAAAGAUAAUAACAUUGGCUGGUUGUCUGGAGUACACUGGAAAACUUGGAAAGAGGUACCAUAUUCAUUCCAAGUCAGUCAGUUAAAAGUUCAUUCAGUGUAA